CUCCCGAAGUACUAAAUGAAAAAAAUUAUACGCCGAAAGCCGAUAUAUACAGUAUUGCAAUGUUAAUGUAUUACAUAACUGUAGGUAAACCUCCUUUUUUUGAUCGCAAACAUGAUCAAAACCUUUUAUUAGAGAUUAUAAAUGGACUUCGGCCUACAAUGCCGGAGGGAUUACCAGAAAACUUUCAACAUGUAAUGAAAUUAUGUUGGGAUCAAAAUCCUGAUAGGCGACCAACUGCCAAGGAUCUUUACUAUUAUUUUUUAAGCGAAUAUGAAGCUGAAUUUCAAAAUCCAACUGUAAAAAACGUGACUAUUCCAAACUAUGGAUCUGUAGAAAUUCAUGAGAGCGAAAGCACUCUAUAUGAUGUUAAGUUUCCGAAAGAACAAAUAGAUGUGACCAAAGAAGUUGAACCAGCAAGUGACUAUAAUGACUUCUUUCAGCAAUUUAGGCAAAAGGAUAAAAUGCCUAGAUUAGCUAUGAAAGGUCAUUUAAGAAUGGCCGAAGAAUUUCAUGGCUAUGCAGCUUUCGACAAAGAAAGCGAGUUGAAGCCUUAUUCUUAUACUCCAAAGCCAUUAGGCGAUGAAGAUCUUGAAGUUGGGAUUUCACAUUGUGCUAUAUGUGGUUAUGAUCAAUUGUGCCCAAAAAGAGUGUUUACUUACAACGAUAUGUGGAAAGACGCCGAAGGUGUUCCUACAAAAUAUCAAACUCAAGGUGGUUACGCUGAUAAAAUUCGUGCUCAUUCCAGGUUCGUUUUCCAUAUUCCGGAAGAAAUUAGCUCUGCUGAAGCCUGUCCGUUACUUUGUGCUGGCUUAUCUACCUUUGCUCCAUUAAAACGUCAUAAGGUUGGUCCUGGAAUUAAAGUUGGUGUCUCCGGCAUUGGUGGUUUAGGUCAUAUGGCAAUUCAAUGGGCUGCCAAAAUGGGUGCUGAAGUUACUGCUAUCUCGCAUAGUGAAAAAUAUGAUGAAGCGAUCAAACUUGGUGCCACUCAUUUUUUGAAUAUUUCGGAUCCGGUUGAUGUUAAGAAAUUUAUUCAUUCACAGGAUAUAAUCCUUUCAACUUCUUGUAACCCUCAAGCAGAUUGGUCUAAAUAUAUGAAUCUCAUCAAAAAUCAUGGAACUCUUAUUUUGAUUGGUCUUCCAGAAGUCCCACUCCAAAUUCCUGUGUUCGCUUUCAUGAGAUUUGUAAAGGUCGAAGGUUCUUUAACCGGUGGCCUCCAAGACAUUAAGGAUAUGCUUGCGUUCGCUGUAAAGCAUAACGUUAGACCCUGGAUUCAAAAAAUUCCUAUGAAGGAUAUUAAUGAAGGGAUCAAGAUCGUACGUAAUGGAAAGGCUAAAUAUAGGGUGGUGUUGGAAAAUUAG